AGAAUUCCUAAAAACGUCAAUUUUGGAAGGCAGUUCCGCUCAUAGUCUACAUUUUGUUGGACAUUUUAAGAAAUAAGCCACAUUGUCUGAGACGUUGUUCUGACUCCCGACGGAUAAGAGCGAUCUGUGAUUGACACUGAUUUAGUAAAGUGUAGAGAUCAGUUCAAAAAUAACCCCAACAUGACUUCUAAAAGGUAUGUUGGAAUUCCAAAAUGGGAGCGUAAAACGCGCAUAACUUUGUGCAUAGUAGGCCUGGUGCUGUCAGUUUACGCUCUCCACGUUGAAUUUUCGCGAGAGAGAGAUCCGGAAUAUCGAGCGAUGUGUGAUUUGGGAGAUUCCGUUAGCUGUUCCAAAGUGUUUACCUCCAGAUGGGGACGUGGCUUUGGGCUGGUUCAGUAUUUCGCGGAUAAAGACAGUGCCCUUAAUCAGCCAAAUAGUGUCUUGGGGAUCAUUUUCUACACCCUGCAACUCGCCCUGGGCCAGUCGAGCUCCGCCAGGGCAGCGUUCCUCCUGGUCGCAGCCUCCUGGGUCUCUGUUGCAGGCUCCCUCUACCUGGCCUGCAUCCUGGCCUUCGUCCUGGGAGACUUCUGCAUGGUCUGUGUCUCUACCUACGUCGUCAACUUCGCCCUGCUCUACACCAAUCAGAGGAGACGGACGGGGAUGGAAAGAGCCAAGGAGAAGACUGGGUAGAGAGUGCUGGGUACGAGAUGCGUGUAGCUAGUCUGGAUGCAGGGAUGAGUACAGUAACAACAGAGCAAGAGAUGCCAGGUUGUAAUCCCCCUCCCUUUACGUUGCUAUGAACAUAAACAUUUGGUAAAUGAACUCGUUAGAUUAGAUUGCCCCCUUGUCUUUUGCUCCUUCCUCAGGAACAGAUCUGACUGUGCUUGAUAGGUGUAGGUACGUCCUCCGGCAGAGCUUUGUGGACUGCUUCUACCUCCUCAGAUCACAGGGAAUCAAGAGACACUGAGUGGGUUCCUCAACCCCGGGCACUAGGGAGAACCCUCCAUUAUCGUUUGUUCAGGUCUGACAUUUCAAUAAUUAUUAAAUGUCUAUCCUUAGUGCGGAGGAAACACAUGUGAUUUAGUACAACUAAUUCUGUCAUUACUUACAAUCUUAUGUGCUGUAUAAUUUUUUUAAACUUUUGCAUUCAACUCAUCCAUGCACGGGAUCCACACAGUAAACCUGUUGACCAAACACAUUAAAUAAAAUAUGAUGAUCUGGU